AUGACUGAGGACUCGGACCACAGAUUCAGUUAUCUCACAUGGGAUCAGAUUAAAGUCCUGGAUCAGGUUUUAACUGAGGCUAUACCUAUUCAUGGGAGAGGAAAUUUUCCAACCCUGGAGGUAAAGCCAAAGCAUAUAAUCCAUAUGGUAAAGGAGCAGCUUAUUGAGAAGCAGAUCCAUGUCAGGGACAUCCGCCUGAACGGUUCCACUGCCAGUCACAUCCUGGUGAAGCACAAUGGCACCAGUUACAAGGACCUGGACAUCAUUUUUGGAGUGGAGCUUCCCAGUGAGUUUGAGUUCCAGGUCGUUAAGGAAGCAGUUCUCAAUUGCCUGUUGGACUUCUUGCCAAAAUGUGUUAACAAGCAAAAAAUCACAGCUCAGACCAUGAAAGAUGCCUACGUGCAGAAGAUGGUCAAAGUCUCCACCGACCACGACCGCUGGAGCCUCAUCUCGCUGUCCAACAACAGCGGCAAGAACGUGGAGCUGAAGUUCGUCAGCUCGCUGCGGCGGCAGUUCGAGUUCAGCGUGGACUCCUUCCAGAUCAUCCUGGACUCCAUCCUGGCCAUCUACAGAGCCUCAGACCGGCCCCUGACACAGGACUGUCACCCCGCCGUCAUCGCCGAGAGCAUGUACGGGGACUUCAACCAAGCCAUGGACCACCUGAGGUACAAACUGAUCUCCACCCGGAACCCAGAGGAGAUCAGGGGGGGCGGCCUCCUGAAGUACAGCAACCUCCUGGUCCGUGACUUUAAGCCGGCGGAUGAGGCUGAAAUUAAAUCUCUGGAACGUUACAUGUGCUCCAGGUUCUUCAUUGAUUUUCCCGACGUUGCCGAGCAGCAGAGGAAAAUCGAGUCCUACCUGCGCAACCACUUCAUCGGGGAGGAGAAGAGCAAGUAUGACUACUUGAUGACCCUGCGUGGGGUGGUGAACAAGAGCACGGUCUGCCUCAUGGGGCACGAGCGAAGGCAAACCCUCAAUAUGAUCACAAUUCUGGCUUUGAAAGUGCUCGGAGAGCAAAACAUCAUCCCCAACGCGGCCAAUGUCACGUGCUACUAUCAGCCUGCUCCCUAUAUCAGUGACAGAAACUUCAGCAGCUACUACAUUGCUCAUGGACAACCCCCUGUGUUCUACCAGCCUUACCCUUUCCACAUACAGCUACAGAGCGGGAUGGUGUAG